CACAGCCCUCCACCCCCCACAUUUUAUCUCCUUUAUGGUAGACUAAGCUUAUAAUUCAAGUUACUCCUCAAUCGAACCAGAUCUGGUCCAAUCACUGUUGGCACUGGCCUCGCUGACAACUGCCUCAAUUUUACUCUCGCUGACUGCUGCUUCAUGUCCUGUAAAAGCAAUAUUGAUGACAUCGCCCCAACUGUUUUUUCGAAGCUCGUCAAUUAUGAGUAAAAAUAUCCAUAUUUCGCGGUAUUUCGCGGUGACUAGACCAAAGUUGAGGGUUAUAUAAUCCAACUCAAUCUUUACUCUUCAAUUCUCCGUACUCUGUUUCCUCAAAACUCUUUUCCUAACCAAAUUUAUGCCGGAAUUGCAGAAUUUAUUAAUCCGUCAUGGUGGAGAUAACCUCAAUUGACUUGCUCCGAGGAUGGCCAUCUGCGGAUCUGCUCCCUACGUCUAUCCUUGAGGAGGCAUCGAAGCGUGUGCUCAAUGACCCUGCCCUUUCAACACCAUCACUAUCAUACGGCGAUGAGCCUGGCUACGAACCACUCCGAGAAUCCAUUGCAACCUGGCUGUUGCAGCAAUACAACACGCCAUGGACUGUGCCAGAACGAAUAUGCAUCUCGGGGGGUGCGAGUCAAAACCUCGCUUGUAUCCUGCAAGUCUUCACCGAUCCAACAUACACUAGAAAUGUGUAUCUCGUGGCACCGACGUAUCACCUUGUAUGUAGAAUCUUCGAAGAUAACGGUUUUGUCGGGCGUCUGAGAGCGAUUCCAGAAGAUGACGAUGGAGUCGAUAUAGCUUAUCUCGAGGCGAGUCUGGUGAAACAUGAGAUGGUGAGUAAUGGAAGUGACCAGAAGGCGACGAAACGACCGCAAGUAGCGCAAAAGCAUUACAAGAAUAUUAUAUACACAGUCCCGACGUUCUCCAACCCAUCAGGCAGGACCACAAGCCUGGACCGUCGUCAACAACUCGUCAGACUCGCCAGAAAGUACGACGCUCUCAUAAUCGCCGAUGACAUCUAUGACUUUAUCCAAUGGAAUUCCACAGACACAAAUCCGCCACCGCCGCUUAUUCCUCGUAUCGUGGAUAUUGACCAUGUCUUGGACGGCGGACCAACAACGCCAUUCGGGAAUGCCAUCAGCAACGCCUCUUUCUCCAAGAUUCUCGCUCCAGGUUUGCGCACGGGUUGGACAGAGGCCACUCCGACCUUCAUCCGCGGACUAUCGCAGUGCGGAUCUUCAGUCAGUGGGGGCGCGCCCAGCCAGUUCGUCGCAUCGGUGAUAGCCCAGACUCUCAGAAAUGGCACUCUUCAAGAUCAUAUCGAAAAGGUUCUCAUCCCUUCCUAUAAGCGACGAUAUCAAGCUACGCUUUGUGCGUUAGAAAGAUACCUGCUUCCUCUAGGGGUGGUCCUUGAAGGGAAGACGAAAGGGCCAAUGCAAGGUGGCUAUUUUGUCUACUUUCUCCUCCCACCUUGUAUCCUGGCAAAAGAAUUCGUCCUCAGAGCCUCGCAUGAUGAGGCCGUCCUGAUCGCAGAUGGGAACAUGUUCGAGGUCCAUGGUGAUGAAGAUGCUGUUCCAGCACGACAUGGGGUCCGCAUUUGCUUUGCGUGGGAGCAAGAAGAUUUUCUCGCGGAGGGGUUGAGGAGAUUAGGAAAAGUGCUAGCGAGCAUGCUCGAGCCGGAGCCAAGUGUUGUUAAUGGCCGCAGUGCAAUUAACGGAAUAUCCAUAGAAUCUUAA